AUGCGUGAAUUCAAAGUGGUGGUGUUGGGUAGCGGAGGUGUGGGGAAAUCGGCAUUAACUGUUCAGUUCGUUAGUAGUACAUUCAUCGAGAAAUACGAUCCUACUAUAGAAGAUUUCUAUCGGAAGGAAAUUGAGGUUGACGGCCAACCUUGCGUUUUAGAAAUAUUGGAUACUGCUGGAACGGAGCAGUUUUCAUCUAUGCGAGAUUUGUAUAUCAAAAAUGGGCAGGGAUUCGUUGUUGUGUAUUCAAUCACAAGUCAGCAAACCUUUCAUGACAUUAAAACAAUGCGGGAACAAAUCGUACGGGUCAAGGGAACGGAGCAGGUCCCGAUUUUGUUAGUAGGAAACAAGUGUGAUCUUCAACAUCAGCGACAAGUGAGAACCGAUGAGGGCAUUGCCCUAGCUGAAUACUGGUCAUGUCCGUUCACCGAAUGUUCGGCAAAAAAUAACCACAACGUAAACGUGACGUUCGCUGAAAUCGUCCGUGAAAUGAACUACGUGCAAAGCAAAGCACGGGAAAAUAAAGGCUGUUGUGCAAUUAUGUGA